AUGGAACUAACGGCGGAAGUGGGCUCGCCGGUGGGGCAGAACCAGAUGGAAGACACGGUGGCGGACAUGAAGGAGGUGGUGGUGAUGGAGACGGACACGGCGGAGGCGGUGGUGGUGACGGAGGUGGACAGGGACAAGUCGGUGGGGGUGAAGGACAGGGUUGAGGUGGAGGUGCACAUCGAGGUGGUGGAGACAACGACGACGGUGGCGGCAAUGAGGGCGUUGGAGGAAUUACCAAUGGUGGCGGAGAAUAUUGGAGCACCGGUGGUGGUGGUGGAGGAGGAGGUGAGAUUCUUGGUGAGUAAUAAGGAGUUACCGGCGGCGGAGAAGCCAGUAGCGGAGGGGAAUGAUAUAUCGGAGUCUGAUCAAAUGGAUUGUCCGCUGAAGGAUGUGUAGGAAAAGGCCAUUGACCACAUUUGGAGAACAGAAACAGGUCCUACUUCACUUUCAACACACAAAACCUCGCAUUGCUUUGGAUGGACGUUGGAUAGUUUAGAUGAAGAAACUCAAAUACAGUAAGACUUUGCAUCGUGGUUCGUUAUUCAAGAAAACUCUAAUAUCAUACUGUUUAUCCCAUAUUUUGUCUUUUUCGGCCCAAGCCCAAAGAGGUCGAAAAAGCUUCUAGAAUGGGGGAAGUUACUUGCAAAAAAGAGUAAGCAAUGCGCCACUUCGAAAAUGGGGGGCAAGUAGAAAAGUUCAGGAAAAACUGCAGCAAAUAGUCUUGGAAAAGUGGAAUAUAGAGUCACGGAAAAACUAUCUACGUUGCCUAUGAAAUAAAAGCAAGGCACAACAUAUCAAAUCCCUUGCAGCACAUUAUCAGAAAAAGUACAGACACUUCCUUUUGUAAAUUUCUAUGUAGUUCCUUUGUAUCAGCACGCGAUCAUGAGAGAGCAACAAGUCCCUUGCAGCAACACCGGGUAGAACAGCAGCAUCACUACUCCAGCUUUUUUCUUCUGUUUUUUCGUAUUACAAUUUCUGUAAUUUACCGUAGAAUAGUAAUAGUAUUAUGUCUGCUCCUGUUAUGCAUUUCUUUCAUUUUGCUUCAUCUUUUUUUCCCCUGUAUUUUUAAACACUUAUAUUCAGGAAAAUUGUAACAAAGUAUCCUGAGAACUCACCUUUUGAUUUAGAAGUUAGGUGCAUGACAUUGUUUGAGGACAAGCUCUCUUGACACGCCUGCGCACCACAAACACAACAAACACAUACACAUCAUCAAAUGGAGGAAGAAUUUAAACGAUACUCAAGUUCCAUCUUGCAUGUUUCAGAGCUACUCUGAUGGAUACUUAACUGUCAAAAUAAUUUCAAUUCUCCUUCAAGGCCUUCAUGCUUAUUUUGUCUUAAGUAGAUAGGGUUGAAUCACUUCUCAUUGUGGAUAUUUCAUCAAUGUUUCGCUGGUUUACUCAAUUUGAUGUAUUCUUAACGA